CUAUUUUUCAUUAUAAUUUAUCAUAUUUAUAGAUACGAGUUUGUUAUAUGUAUGAAUAAGAAAUUUUAAUAUCAUGGAAAUAUUACAUAUUUUACUAAUAUCUUGUGUACUUUUUGCGAAUUUUCAAGAAGGGAAUUGCAUAGAUUGCUAUGAAUGUAAUUCCGCCGACGACGGGGAAGAUUGUGGUGAAAACCCCGACGGAGAUGUACUUAUUAUCAAUGGAAAGGUUACUUCCGGAUGCAAGUCUUGCGUGAAAACAUUCCAUGCCCAGGGAACAAUAUGGUCAAAGAUAACAAGGCGUUGUGGCACAAGCACAGAAACGGAAGAUAGUUGUUCGGAUGUCCUUGGAUACGGAAAAUGUGUUUGUACUACAACUUUCUGUAAUCAUGGAAACAAUGUGGCAUUUUCCAUUAUCAAUCUGAUGGUUUUAAAUGGAAUGGCGUGCUUCCUAUCUAAAUUCGUAUUAUAACACAUUACAAGGUGUCGUCUUCAAAGAAACACGUUCAAUUAUUUAAAUGUAGUUAAAUAUUUGCAAAGAGUGAAAGAAACUGUCAUUGUUAUUAAUUAUUUUGUUGAUAUAUUUUUUUUUCUAGAAAAAAUAAGUCAUAUGUUUGGUAAGCCUGAUAUGAUUUCGUAUCGUACAUUUACACUAUGUAAUAAUCAAGCUUCUUUUAAGAGGUGACUCUAAACUGCCCCAUAUAAAGUACGCGGAACAGGUCAAGUUAUCUUUUUAUUAAAACGUUUGCACUUUGUUUUAGUUACAAUAAGCGUAAUUACAAUUAUCACAUUUUUUUUGGUCUGCAAUCAGUUAUGCUUGCGUGAGUUGUUUAGGUUUGGAGUUCAUAAUACAAAUAUUAUUGUUCAUUGUGAUGAUGAUAAUAAUUAUGAUAAAAAAGAAGGAAAAACAGGAAGAAGGAAAAGAAGGAAGGAAAAGAAGCAGCGGUUUUUCCCCACGUACAUUUAUAUAAUUAUAUAUUUUUUGAAUGUCUUUACAAAUCAACAUACAUGUACAUUGAAAAUAUUUGUCAAAGUUGUGUUAAAAUAAAAUAUUCAUGAUAUUUUGUUAGUUUUACCAAUGAG